AUGGCGGCCGUCGGCGGCAGCAAGGUUUAUCGGCGGCCGAGCAGCAAAUUCAGCAAUUUACGCGCAUUGUUCGAUGCCAGCGCCCAUUUCCUAGUCGCAUUGGAUCUCAUUAUAUUCGCUGAGCGCGAUGACGCGAAUCCAUGGCUACGUCGCACGCAGUGGGCCGUCUACCUCCGUGGAAUCGAUCCCCAGCACCUUAUUGACUGCGUCCAAGCACCCGACGCUGAUUCAUCCAAUCAGACUGAAAUGGCGGCAAGCGCUAUAUGGGAUGCAAUCGCCGCUGUCGCGAGAAUUAGCCAGUUGAUUUGUACGAAAUCUAGCCAUACAAUCCGCACCGAAGCUAUACGGACGGAGCGUGAUCGACUGCCGCACCAGCCACUACAAGCUUACAUGGAUGCCGAUAACAUUGAGAGACACACCAUGCCGUGGCAGCAAAUUUUGAUGUUUUUCACGCGUACCCAGGCUUCGCAUGAGUGGGCCAGUCCAAAUUACAAGUUCACAAGGCGCCAGCGAGCCGCAUGGAACCCGCUUAGGAAACUAGCUCAGCCAGGCGCAUCACCUAGGUCAGCCAGCCUAGCCACGGCUAGUUUAGACGAUAAUAGCGAGCAUUCAGAGAGUGAGCAUUCAGAGAGUGACACCGAGGAUCAGCCCACGCAGCGAAUCGCUAGCAAAUCAGCAAAAUAG